UUCCAUUAUUCCUACAAAUAAUACAAAGUCAUUUUGCUUCACUUUACUUUCAUGCCAGAAAAUACAAUGAAACUACUUUCUCUCUCAAAUUGCCGACACAAAUAUUCCAUGUUUUAUCUACCUUGAAACUUUAUCAUCUGUAACUCAUCCGAACUUCUUUUCAGCUAUUCUCAAUUUGGUACUGAAUCAGCAUGAAGACAAAUACUCCUUGUUCCUAAUUCUGUAGUGAAUAAGCAUGAAGAAGAUCACUCCUUCUCAAUUUCUCUUCCUUUCACUCCUUCUGCUAUGCUUCACAUCCCUUGCUUUUGGACAAAAUAUCACUCACCCAGACGAAGUGAAAGCUCUGAAAGAUAUCGGCAACAUACUUGGUAAUAAGAACUGGGACACAAAUAUAGAUCCAUGCAGUAAUAAACCUCCCUGGAAUGUAAGUAUUGACAAAGACAAAGCCAACUAUGUCAGAUGCAACUGUUCUAUCUCCAUUGACGGCUUUUGUCAUGUUGUUUCAAUAAGGCUGAAAGCACAAAAUCUUACGGGCACGCUCCCACCUGAAUUGACAGGGCUACCUUACCUUGAAGAAAUUGACCUCACUCGCAAUUAUAUUAAUGGCACAAUACCUGUUGGAUGGGGCUCCUCUAAACUUCGCAUUAUUUGUUUUCUUGGAAAUCGACUAACUGGUCCCAUCCCUAAAGAGAUUGGAAACAUCAUAACCCUCGAAAGUUUGGUCCUUGAAUUCAAUCAGUUCACUGGAAAUAUUACACCGGAUCUUGGAAACCUUUCUCACCUUCAAAGAUUGCAUCUUACUUCUAACAACUUCACUGGAGAACUUCCUCAGACUUUGGCUAAGCUUACAUCAUUGAGAGAGCUCCGUCUUAAUGACAAUAACUUCUCUGGAAGGAUACCCAGUUUUAUUCAAAGAUGGACAAAUCUUGAAAUAUUAGAAAUUCAAGGUAGUGGUUUAAGUGGGCCAAUUCCUUCUGAAAUUUCAUUUCUGCAAAACUUAAAUGAUUUGAGAAUUACUGACUUGAUUAAUGGAUCGGAUUCUACUUUCCCACAAAUUAAUAAUAUAACAAAGUUGGAAACACUGAUACUAAGGAACUGCCAAAUUAGCGACGAAUUACCUCCGUAUCUUGGGAACAUGACAGGCAUUGAAACAUUAGACCUAAGCUUUAACAAAUUACGCGGAAAGAUUCCAGAGAACGUUGGAAGCUUAUCAAAACUGUCACACGUAUAUUUCACUGGAAACCAACUUACUGGACCCCUACCUAUGUGGGUAGCUGGAGGACGUAAAUCUAUAGAUCUAGAUCUUUCAUACAACAACUUCACUGAUAAAAACUCCUCCGUGGCAUGUCAAGAGAAUAAAGAAGUGAACUGGUUUGCAAGCUUCCCAAUGAGCCAAAAUGGACCUGUUACAUGUCUGACUAGUGCAAACUGUACAAGACUCUUAGACUAUUUUCAUAUAAACUGUGGUGGUGGACAAGAGACAAGCAGUGAGGGUAUAGUGUAUGAUGAUGACUUGGAUCAUGCAGGGGCAGCAACAUCUAAAAUGCCCAGAGAAAACUGGGCAUAUAGCAAUACCGGUCAUUUCUUGGGUGGUCAUAAUGAACUAGAGUAUAUCCAGCAAAGUCAAAAUACGCUUUCUAUGACUGAUUCUGCAUUGUAUCAGACUGCACGUGUAUCUCCCAUUUCUUUGACUUAUUACGGAACGUGUCUGGAAAAUGGAGAGUACACGGUAUUGCUGCAUUUUGCAGAGAUCAUGUUCACUGAUGAUAACACAUAUAGCAGUCUUGGAAGACGUAUAUUUGAUGUUUACAUUCAGAGAAAGCUAGAAUUGAAGGAUUUCAAUAUUGCAAAUGAAGCAGGAGGAGUUGGAAAGAACAUCACAAAAAGGAUUUCAACUACUGUUAGUAAUAACUCCUUAGAGAUUCGAUUCUAUUGGGCUGGAAAAGGAACAACUGCUAUCCCAUAUAGAUCAGUAUAUGGGCCUCUUAUAUCAGCUAUAUCUGCCACUCGUGGUAACUCACUCUGUCUCUGUCACUUUAUUCUUCCAAUUUUGCAUUUAAGGUAUCAAAUGACACCUAUUGCUCUUCUGCAAUUAUCAGUAAACAGUUCCAGCAAAGGUCCACGUGACAUGGCUAUAGGGGUUGUAAUUGGGAUAGCAGUUUCUGCAAUAAUAUUUGUCAUACUUGUUGUACUUGCCUGGAGACUUCAUAUUGGCAAAAGAAAUUCAUUAACAAAAGAGUUAAAGCAUUUAAAUUUGCAAGUGGGUUUGUUUACUAUGCGUCAAAUAAAAGUUGCAACGAAUAACUUUGAUAUUGCUAAUAAGAUUGGAGAAGGAGGCUUUGGUCCUGUCUACAAGGGUACUUUAUCGGAUGGCACAACAAUAGCAGUUAAGAUGCUUUCAUCAAAGUCUAAGCAAGGGAACCGUGAGUUUAUAAAUGAGAUAGGGUUGAUUUCUGCUUUGCAACACCCUUGUCUUGUCAAACUUUACGGUUGUUGUGUUGAGGGAAAUCAGUUGUUGCUGGUUUACGAAUAUCUGGAAAACAAUAGUCUUGCACAUGCUUUAUUUAGAAAUGAAGAAUCUUGUUUGCGAUUGGAUUGGCCAACCAGGCACAAGAUUUGUGUUGGUAUAGCUAGAGGUUUGGCUUUCCUACAUGAAGAAUCAAGAUUAAAAGUUGUUCACAGAGACAUAAAGGCUACUAAUGUGUUGUUAGACAAAGAUCUGAAUCCAAAGAUAUCUGAUUUUGGUCUUGCAAAGCUUGAUGAUGAAGACAACACUCACAUAAGCACAAGAAUAGCUGGGACUUAUGGAUAUAUGGCACCAGAAUAUGCAAUGCAUGGUUAUUUAACUGAUAAAGCAGAUGUCUAUAGUUUUGGAGUGGUUGCCUUGGAAAUUGUAACUGGAAAGAGUAAUACCAUCCCGAGACCAAAGCAAGAAGCAUUGCAUCUUUUAGAUUGGGCCCAUUUGCUGAAAGAGAAAGGGAAUCUGAUGGAGCUUGUUGACAGAAGGUUAGGAUCAAAUUUCAAUGAAAAAGAGGUUAUGGUGAUGAUAAAAGUGUGUCUUUUGUGCACAAAUGUCACUGCAAAUCUUAGGCCUACCAUGUCAACAGUACUUAGCAUGCUUGAAGGAAAAACUGUGAUUCCAGAAUAUAUUUCAGAUUCAUCUGAAAUAAUGGAUGAAAAGAAACAAGAGGCUAUGAGACAAUAUUACUCUCAAAUGGAAGAAAAUGAGAACAAUGAAACACAUAGAUAUGAUAGUUCAUCAAAAGAAGGGCCAUGGACUGCUUCUACUUCAUCAGCUGCAGAUUUAUAUCCUGUCCAUACUGAUUCUUCUUAUUGGGAGAAAAGAAAUUAGAAGGGUGUAAUUUUGUUUUCACACUAUUUUCGA